AUGGUCUUCAUUCUAGGCGUGAACUUCCCUGAGCGGAACCUCCUCAAGAAAUCCCUCCAGUCCUUUUUUGGAAUUGGAAACCACACUUCCUCGCGUCUCCUCGCCCGCUUCUCCAUCCACCCAACAUGCAAAGUCGGCGAGCUCGCAAACAAGCAGGUCCUGGAUAUCACGGCCGCUCUGUCAGAUAUGAAGAUCGAAAACGAUCUCCGGAGAACAGUCCUUGACGAUAUCAAGCGCCUGAAGGAAACCGGAACCUACCGUGGUCGACGUCAUGCUUUGGGAUUGCCGGUUCGCGGACAGAGGACAAGGACUCAAACCAAAACUGCUGUCAAGCUCAACCGUAUGGAGAGAAGAUUGUAG